AUGAUUAUCACGAAGAGAGCUACGAUAUAUACACUUGUUCUUAUUAUUACUCUCUUUGCAUCAUCAUGUUAUGAAGCAAAUGCGGGACCGAUCAAGACAAGAAGCAAGCCAAUAGGUGGUCCUGAUAUUCAUGCGGGACAAGACGUAGAACGUGAUCAUCACGUGCUUCUUCCGGGGGAGAAAAUACACAAUGUUAUGGAUUUCGGAGCCGUACCCGACGGCGAAACGGACUCCACUCAGGCUUUCAUGGAUGCAUGGGCGGCAACUCGGGAGUCCACGGUGAAGAGCAGGUUUCUUGUUCCUCCAGGGAGAUUCCUGAUUGGGGAAAUGUUUCUGAAUGGGCCAUGCAAGUUUAAUGGGCCGAUAGUAAUGCAGAUUGAUGGCACUGUCUUGGCUUCCACGGAUAUUUCUGAGUAUAUGAACGAACAUUGGCUCAGGAUCGAGGAUCACUUUGACCUCAAGAUUACCGGUGUAGGUACAUUUGAUGGUCAGGGCCAUAGCUCUUGGAAAAUAGUGGAGGACUGCGACAAAAAAACUCAAGGCUCAUGCGUCAAGAAUCCUGCUAACUUAUACUUCAGCAAUGUUACGAACGGGAUUGUGCAUGGCGUUAAGUCGGUAAAUCCCAAAGGCUCUCACAUUUUUGUAACUAGCAGCGCAAACUUCAGGAUCACCAAUGUUCAAAUCACUGCACCAGAAAAUAGCCCAAACACAGAUGGCAUUCAUAUUAGCCACUCCGACAAUGUCAUCGUUUCUAAAACUUUCAUUGGAACAGGUGAUGAUUGUAUCGGUAUGAUACAAGGAUCCUCAAACAUUGUCGUUGAGGACGUAACAUGUGGCCCUGGACAUGGAAUUAGCAUUGGUAGCCUUGGAAAGGAAGAGGGAGAAGCUGAGGUGAAAGGCGUCCAUGUUAGGAACAGCAGACUUGUUAGGACAACGAAUGGCCUUAGAAUCAAAGCAUGGCCAGGUCACAAAUUUCCGGGUGCAGCUUCAGAUGUAUUUUUCAGUAACAUCACCAUGGAAGAUGUUAGGAAUGCUAUCAUCAUUGACCAAGAGUAUUUGUGCCCUAAAGACUGCACAAAACAGCCAUCACUUGUGAAGAUAAAGAAUGUACAUUUUAUAGAUAUAAGGGGAACUACAACUUCAGCAACUCCAGUGAACAUGAAGUGCAGCAAGCUGAACCCAUGUGAAGGAAUUAUAUUUCGUGACAUUAAUUUUCAGUUUGGAAACACGCUUAAAAAGCUGACGAUUCCGCAAUUAAACUCAUCAUGUAUCAAUGUUAAACCUAUUUUCGAAGGAAUACAAAUUCCACCACCUUGCCUAGAUUUACCAUUAAUGCCUAAAUUACCAACAGCGCCGGUGACAUUGCCACUGCCAGUGCCAACAAAGCCAAACUUGCCACCAGUGCCAGUGAAAUUGCCAGCACUAAAAAAGUCCACGUUGCCAAAAGCAGGAACAACGCUAAAGAUGGUAAAAACAUCAGUAACAACAAAAUUGCGAGCACCCAAAAAGCCAACACCACAAGUACCCACAAAGUCAAAAUUGCCACCGGUGCAUGUGGCAUUGAAAAAAGCACCAAAGAAGCUAAAACUGCAAAAUUCAAGAGUAAAGAAGGGGGCACCGAAGGCCAAAAAUAUGCGUAAUAUCAGAAAAAAACGUCAACACUAA